CGCCGAGCUGCAAAUUCACAGUCCUGGCGAAUCCUACGACUGUCGCAUCAGCAUGAACUUGGAAGUGAACCUCGACCGUCCGGACAUUGACCUACAGCAACUCACCGAGGAGCCAACGCACGAGAAGCCCGCGCAGCCAGAUCGCGUCAAAGAUCGCCUGUCCUAUAAACAUCUGGCGUACUCGACGGAUCUAACAAGGGUUGACACCAAAGGUCUCAGUCCGAAGUAUGAACUGGAACUCGAGGUGGACGCCAAUACGCUGCGGCACCAGAAACACUUGAUGCAGACUGGACAGGAGAAUGGUUAUCAGGCCGUGGUUGAGGGUUUCAUGGAGAACUUGACGUUGCUCAUGCGACAGCCUAAGCAGUAGCUGCUCUGUACGAUAGUAUGGUCGCCCAAGCCCAUUGAACAUCGAUGUUGGACGAGGCCGAUGGGAUGGGGUAGGAACAGCACGCAUUCCUCCUAUAAUAAUCGAGGUCCCGACGAGAUACAAUACACUUCGCAAAUGUCAUUUUUAGCGGCUUCUGAACAGACGAUGGUCUCCAUCUCC